AUGGCUCUCACCGUUCGCAGAGACAGGACAAUGCACCGUGAACAGGAGAGGCGUCCCACCAUCUCGGGACUGUUAGACAGAAGCAAUGAGUCAUCCAUCCCGCUAAAUCCAAUUUCUAUGUGCGAGACACAUGCAAAACCAGUAACUAGCAAAGACAGUGUCACGGACUAUCUCACAACCACCCUGCUUCUACCCUGGCUUUACAUCGAGCAGUUUGGACUAAGCAACAAAUUUGAAGCAGAAUUUCCUUCAUCUUUAACUGGAAAGGUUGCACCCGAAGAAUUUAAAGCCAGCAUCAGCAGAGUUAACAGUUGUCUUAAGAAGAACCUUCCAGUUAAUGUACGAUGGCUACUAUGUGGAUGCCUUUGCUGCUGCUGCACUUUAGGUUGUAGUAUGUGGCCAGUUAUCUGCCUCAGUAAAAGAACACGAAGAUCGAUUGAGAAGUUAUUAGAAUGGGAAAACAAUAGGUUAUACCACAAGCUGUGCUUGCAUUGGAGACUAAGCAAAAGGAAAUGUGAAACGAAUAACAUGAUGGAAUAUGUCAUCCUUAUAGAAUUUUUACCAAAGACACCGAUUUUUCGACCAGAUUAG